GUACGCGAGAGAGUCGGUGCGCCUCUCGGCCGUGGGCACAAAUCGCGAGUAAAAUGGAAGCGGAAUUUCGCUGCGAGGUUGAGGUCCGUCGUUGAAAACAGGUGAACAUGGGAAGGUCCAAGUUUCCCGGGAAGCCGCCGAAGACGGCCACCAGGAAACGGAUCAAGGUGCUGGGCCAGCCUGAGGCAGCGCAGAACGAUCCGGUAACUGUCGCCGAAAACAUCUACUACGGACUUUCCCUGUUCAACGAAACAUUCGGCGACAACGAGAAGGAACAUCCACCAUUUCACGGAUUUAGCACUAAAGAGGCUAAUCUUUCUGCAUCUUAUAUAAAAACUCAGCAACAUGAUGCAGAGAAGACAAGUGAUAAAUUGCCAUCUGUCACAGUCGAAAAUCUUGCACCACAGUCUAGCACGAAGAAGGAUGAUGUUAAAAAUUCUCCUACAGACAUCGAAAAUAGCACGGAAAAGUUUACCAAUCCAAAACCAGUUAAAGACGUCACCCGGUUACAACCAGUUACAAAUCCAAAUACUAAGCAUUCAAAGAUUCACCGAGCAAAAAGUCGUAAGAAUUGUAAAAACAUUAAAUUUUCGAAUUAUUUGAAAAACCCGGUGUUAAAAUCAGUGAACAACAUCUUAGAUCAGCAUCAAAGAACCAGACAGUUACGCAACAGUACUGCAAAAAGAUUGCUUCAAAGGGCGAAAUCUGGAAAUAAUACACGUAAUUUGGUAGUGCAAUCAGGAGAGAAGCCUAGCACAGUGAGAAAAUUUGUUUUACCCGUUCGCAGCGUGCAUUCGUCAAGAGUUAUAAAACCAAAUAAAAGAUUUAUCGAGGAAUUGGAACAAAUUUCUACUACGGAGUAUAGCGAGAAUGAAAUUGGUGUACAUGUAAAAAAGACUAAAUUAAAUCCAGAUAAACUUAGCAACUUGGAAUCAAAAUUGAAAGAGGAUACUGUUAGUAAAUUGUGUAAAAAAUUUAAAGAAGCAAGAAGCAAGCCAAAAAGGGUGAUUCAAAGUGUAGACUCCAAUGCCGAGAUUAUAACUCAAUCAGUAAAAAAUAUAGAGAAAUCAGCGAAUUCUGUACAAAACGCACAAAUAUCAAAAUCAGCUCAUAGAGAAGUAAAGAAAUCUCAUACUACAUCGUGUAAGAAUAAAGUAUCAAACAGCACAUCUGACAAUUCUAAUAGUAAUCAAGAAUGCUCACAAAACUCGAGCAGGAUGACACAAACUGUGAAAUCAACAAUUUCCAGAAAUCAGAAACAGAUUUCUAUUCCUACAAAAGUUCUUCCCGAUUCCAAUGUUCCACACUUCGAGUCUUCCAGAGUUCAGACGAGAUCAGGAACUCAAAAUGAAAUAGCAAGCGAUUUAAGUAAUAAUCAGGUAAGCUUUAACAGUGGUGCAAGAUUGACAGAAGGUGGCUGUGCAGAAACUGAGAAUCACCUUGGACAUGGUAAUAAGACUGCAGUUAAUACAUUGAACAAUUUUGAGACGGAAAACAAUUUAUCUGAAAAUGAAAGCGAGCACAACAAUCACUCGGAAGGCGAGCCAUCGGAUUUCAGCGGAAUGAAACUCAAUGGUGGAAAAGUUAUAUUAAGGAAAGCAAGAUUAAAGUUGGACAAUAAGUGUCUAGCUGGAACAGAAGGACCAUUUUCAACAACGAGUACCAGUAACACUAUGGGAGGAAGCACUAAUUUAGGAUUAACAGGUACUAUAAAAUGUGGUGUUUGCGGAGCAGUGCGAUUUUAUCGAUUCGUGAAACAGGCACGCAAAUUUGGUAUUCACAGUUGCGAAUCUUGCCGAAAGUUUAUAAGCAAAAUGAUCAAACGUCAGGCUUGUGCUAAAUCCUCAAACAAUGUUCUUCCCAUUCUUCAGUGUCAUAAAGGGGACGGUUUGUGUUUAGUCCCACCUGUUGUGAGGAGUCAACAAUGGAAUCUCAUGAGAUGCGUUUAUAAAGCUAGAUGCCCGGCGUGUUGGUUGAAAAUGUGUUUGAACUGUUAUAACAUUCCACCUCCUUUGAGAACAGGCUUAAACGCAUUGUUACCGCCAUUAAUGAGAGACCCUUUAAGUAUUUCUCUGCCACUUGGUCAAGAUGAGGAUGGUCAAGGACAAAAGUUGUGCUCGUCUAAACUCAGUUGGCCCGCGGAAGAUAGCUCGGAAAGAAAUUUAUUUAAGUCUGCUAUGAGUUGGAGAAAUUUUGAAAUGGGACAUAAGACGAGUUAUCAGGGUACAGGAGGUUUUCUCUAUACAAAAAUAGAUAAGUUUGAUUCUUCGAUGAAUAUAUCGCCUAAUAAGAAACGAAGGAAAAAUAACAGGAUUAAAGUAAGAAAGAAAAUUAAAAAUCCAGUGAUCGCUUCUUCGUCUGGCAGCCAACAGUCGCAACCUCUUAGACAGAGACUUGAAUUGAAAGGGCCGAGAGUUAAGCAUGUUUGUCGAAGCGCCAGUGUCGCACUUGGGCAACCCAUUGCAACUUUUCCUACUAUAGACGCGAAAGAAGACAACGAACAUGGUAAAAACAUUCCAAAGACAGUGAAAGAAAAUGAGAGAAUAGAAAAGAGAGAUGAUAUAAAAGAAAAGGAAAUACAAAAGCAUAAUGAAGAUAAUAAUUUAAAUCUUAACGUUAACACGACACAACAGUCUCAUUCAAGAAGAGGAAAACCGCAACAGAGUGUAUCAACGCAUUUUCCAGUGGUGUCUAAGGCAGUUGUGGAUACUGUAUAUACAGUUUCCAUAGAUUUCUGGGAGCAAUACGAUCCUUCUGAGGUCGGAGCUAAGGGUUUCGCUCUUAUCGGUUCUGAGCUAUUUCAUAUACCUGCUAUUUGCUAUCUGUGCGGAAGCGCUGGUAAAGAGCCGCUGAUCCACUGUCAAUGCUGUUGCGAGCCGUACCAUGCCUUCUGUUUGGAACCCAGUGAAUGGAAUGCUUGUGCACAGCCAAACUGGUGUUGUCCCCGGUGUACGAUAUGUCAGUCCUGCCAUCUCAGAUCCGGUCCGAAAUUAUCCUGCAUUCGUUGUCGUCAGUCGUUUCAUCAUUCAUGUUUGUCUAAGUCCGGUGUUAGCUCCAGAUUGUACAGUCCCGAUCGACCUUAUGUUUGUCAGAGCUGUAUUAAAUGUAAAAGCUGUGGUAGCGAGGGCGUCAACGUUCACGUUGGUAACUUACCUCUCUGCUCUAUGUGCUUUAAGUUAAGACAACAAGGAAACUAUUGUCCUUUGUGUCAGAGAUGUUACAACGAGAACGAUUUUGACACAAAGAUGAUGGAAUGUAGCGAGUGUUCCUGCUGGGUACAUGCCCGUUGUGAAGGCCUUUCCGAUGAGCGUUACCAGAUACUUAGUUACCUGCCCGAUUCGAUCGAAUUUACGUGUAGCCAAUGCUCUUCCAAUUCGAGUUCCUCUAUCUGGAGGAAUGCCAUAGAAGCGGAAUUGAAGGCGGGUUUCAUCGGGGUGAUAAAAUCUCUAAGUAAAAACCGCAAGAUUUGCACGGCUCUCAAGUGGAGUCCUAGAAAGGAGUGCCUUUGCAGGCCCGUUUUGAGUGUGAGAAAACUUGAGUUUCCUGAAGAAGAUAAAAACGAAACGAACUGUACGAAAGAAAAUGAAGAAAAUGGUGACAAGUCCAUAGAUAUCGACUCGAGUUCGGGUGCCAAUUACAAGGAUGGGAAUAAGCCUGAUUUAGAAGAACAUUCAAUAGAUAGUUCCAUUAGAAAAGGUCUGCGACGACUACGACAAAAAUUCCAUCUAAAAGAAUGCUCGGUUAGGGUGAAAAACUGCGUUCCGAAGGACUCUCAAGAUAACGAGAGAAAAGACUUGACAAAUCAAGAUUCAUUAGUUUCUUCAACCGAUAUCACAGAAUGCCACUGUUCCGAGCAGCAAAUCAUCGCAAGGCCCUCGCCCACUUUAAUGUCUGUGAAACGUAAGGUAAACAGUAACGAGUACAAAUCGUUAUUACAAUUUCAUUGUGAUAUGAUGCAUGUAAUCAACCGUGUCGGUUCAAAAGAUCUGAUAGAAACGUAUCACGAUAUUCUACAAGAGGUUUUUCCAUGGUUUACUCCGAAGAAUUUUAAGAGCAGCGACAAUAACGAUGAUACGUUAACGCCUAUUAAAGACGUUGGCGAAGACAUUGCUCUGACAACAAAGUUUGACGAUCCUAUUCUGGAGGCGUGGAAGGAGGAAGUGAUGAAAGCACCGAAAGCAAUCGCAGCAAAAACGGCGAAUCUAUAUAAUAUUCACGUCGAGGACAGCAGAUCGUGUUGUUUAUGCAAGGGUUUGGGCGAUGGGCACGAGACAAAAGAGGGAAGAUUAUUGUAUUGUGGCCAGAAUGAAUGGGUACACGCGAAUUGCGCGCUAUGGUCAAACGAGGUGUUUGAGGAAAUUGAUGGCUCACUGCAGAAUGUUCAUAGUGCCAUUUCGAGGGGUCGUUUGAUUCGCUGCUCCGAGUGCGGUAAGAAGGGCGCGAGCAUCGGAUGUUGCGCGAAGAAUUGCAGCAAUACUUUUCAUUUUCCAUGCGCGAGGAAUAUCGGACUCGCUUUCAACGACGACAAAACUGUAUUUUGCAUCUCACAUUCGAAUACAAGUCACGUCUAUAAGUCUCUACAGAACGAGAACGAGUUUAGUUUGAAACGACCGGUGUAUGUAGAGUUGGAUCGUAAGAAAAAGAAAUUUGCCGAACCCAACAAAGUUAAGUUAAUGAUAGGUUCUUUAAUGGUCGACUGUUUGGGCACCGUCAUUCCGGAAUUCUCUGAUACGGCUGAGAAGAUAAUACCAUGCGAUUACAAAUGUUCAAGACUUUACUGGUCUACAGUGAAUCCUUACAAGAUCGUGAGAUAUUACAUUAGAACUUAUGUGCAGGUACAUAUGCCGGACGUCUCGUCCGACAUGGAGAAUAACAUCACCAUCGAUCAUAGCAAGGAGCAGGAAAAAGAUGAAGUACCGACAGACUAUUUGGCCAUCAAACAAACUCUAGAUGCGCUCAUCGAUUUCGUGUGCAACAAAGAAGUUGAUGAGAAUUUAGCGGAGCAGAACAAUACAGAUCUUUUACCGCCGGAAUUGAAGGAGGCUAUAUUUGAGGAUUUGCCACACGACCUGUUAGAUGGAAUUUCUAUGCAAGACAUUUUUCCAAAGAUGUCAUACGAGGAUUUUUUAGCCAUGGAUUUAAAGAAUGAUGGCUCUUUCAGCACGGAUUUAUUUAAGGAUGAUAUGUUGUCAUCAGAAGUCGAAGAGACGAUAAAACCGUCGGAAAGUAAGAUCUCCAAAAUAGAUUCGUCUCUGUUGGAAUUAGGAGCGCACAAUGAUCUCUGGGUACGAUUGGAAACAAAGACUGCGAUGCAGGACCUCAUGGACGACUUAUUUAAUUCAAAAAGCCAGAAACGCGGCGGUAGAGAACUAAAACGAUCCAAAUCUGAGGUGAUGUCGAACAAUCCGCUGAUCGUCGGCGGUCAGAGGCAUCAUCAGCGUUCCUGUAGCCUCACAUGGAGCUGCAAGCUAGACAACACUUACGGUUCUAAUUUAAAAAGACGAAAGUUGCCUCGAAAUCCAUCCAGUACCAAGUCCAGCGAAACCGGUCUUAUUGUUCUUGAUGCGCAAAACGAACGUACGUCGAUGUUUCAUGAAUUGAGAAUCCCCGAGAGUAUUAUGGUCACUGUGGGAAGAGGAAACACGCCUAACAUACUAUCCGAUUCCGUGCGCGAAUUGAAGUACUGUAUUGAGGACUCUGCUGGAUUAAAUCGCCGCGUGUUGCCAGCUAGGGACGACGUAAAGGAACACAAAAGGCUGCUCUGGCAUCCGAGACAGCAGCAACCGCGAAUAGUGCAGGUCGACGGGUCGGUUGACGCUAAUAGUGCCAGCGAGUGCAGUUCACCAGAAUACAAUGCCGAGGAGAAAAACGCGAAUCUUCAAACGUCCGAAUCAUUAUCGAUCCCGCAAUUAGACGGCAUUAACGACGAGCAUUCGUCUGACGCGAGCGAGUCAAGCUUAGAAAUGGAACUUGGCUUGUACGCGCGGCCUUCAAAUCUUUUACAUUCAAAGCGUAUCUUUGGUUUCAUUAGAUCACACGUGUCAAGUAACUGUGAUAAAAAAAUAAAAAGUGGCAAUAGCAACUUCAUAACUGCACCAACCAUUAGGUGUACCUCGCACAAAGCGGAAGUCUUGUUCAAGGAGAAGAAUCUCAAAAUGAAUCUGCAGAUCCCACAGGUCGAUGGUGCAGGCGAUAUUUCGAGCGACGACGAGUGCGUCUCGUCGCAACACAUGAUGACGCAUGAAAGAUUACUUCAUGCCUCAUACGAAUCGUCACCGUUCGAGGAUAUCGAUGUCACUUGCAAGAGAUGUGGCCUCACGUAUCGCAACGAGGAGAGUUAUAAUCGUCAUCUGGACAACUGCGAUACUAUGAUCACCAGUGAUAGCGAUUCGGAGACCAUGGACAACAAGCUGACGUCGCCAGAGUCGGGGUUUUCCCCAAACAUGGGUUCGGUGUCAUCGCAAUUCAUCACGCUUUCACCGUCCGAGGGCCACACUCUAACGACCGAUUACUCGGAUAUUCAAGCGACGUCACCUAUCGAAGCAUCCGUGGCGUCGCCUCAUCCGAGUAUCCAGAUUGAACCGAUCGCCCAAGCAAUCAUCACGCCACAAAUUCAUGCGACACAUGCCACCGUCGAGACCGUACACCAGACAGUAUUAACGUCCAACGACGUGAUCGUACAGACUCAAUACACUCGUAGAACCACCACUCUGCCGAACCCAGCAGUAUUACCUCCUCAGGAAAGCACAGUGCAGAUAACGGAAAUCACAGAUUCGCCGUCCAUCUCCAGCGACUCUAACGUUACGGCGCAUGGUAUCGUGAAUACACCGAUGAGUUCGCCGGACAGCACGAGCUCGCAGACCGUCCCAAGUCCGGAAAUGUCGCCCAGUUUUUCGUCCAUGGGCGUACAAACCGCGCACGAGUCUAUGCAGACGAACGCACAGAUCACCCGGACCUCUUCCAAGAAGAAUUUACGGGUAGCCAAGCCUAAGACCAAGAACAUCAAGCCGCAGCAGCAUGUUUUAAAAAACGUAAUGCAGUCGCCGCAAAAUGUCGCGCACAAUGUCAAAUUUCAACCAACAGCAAUAUCGAACGGUCCACCGGUAAUCCAAUUACAUCAGACCACUCCGAGACCGCCCACAGUGAUCCUUCAGCAAGUGGCGUCACCAGGAAUUGUAUCUGCUUAUGUGGAAGCCCUGCAGCAACAAUCCGGUCAAAAUUUACAAUACAUCACGACGAUAGGUGACGGGCAAGAGACUGGUUUCAAGCCGCAGCUGAUCGCCGCAAAUUCUUUGGUGCCAGGCACCUAUAUACAAGCACCGUCCACCGACAAUCUGCUGUUACAAAACGGUGGUAUAUCGAUAUUGCCGAGCGUGCAGAUUGCGCAGACACAGCCUACUGUAUUAGGUACCAUCAUACAACAACAACCCAAUGCAAUUCAAUGUGGCGUUAUAUCAUCGGAGCAACUGCUAUUGAGUUCUACGCCUACUCUGGAAAUGUUCACUGAUCCAACCGGCGGUAUGUUCGUAUCGAAUCAACCGAUGUACUAUGGUCUGGAGACAAUCGUUAGCAAUACCGUGAUGUCGUCUAGCCAAUUCAUGGCGGGCACAGUGCCACAAGUAUUGGCCAGUAGUUACCAAACAACAACACAGGUAUUUCAAGCGUCUAAGUUGAUGGAGCCUAUCGUGGAUGUACAAGCUAUGCCGGGCGUACCUACUGUAACAACGAUGCAAAAUGUAUCGAGCAUGCCGAACAUAUCUGGUAUGCCCAACAUAACUGGUGUACCUAACAUAGCGAGUAUGCAGAAUGUAAGUGGCAUGUCCAACAUUUCCGGAGUGCCUUACGUGGUGGUGAACCAAUCGGCGCCGCCACUACCAUCAGCAGCAGCUCCAGUACCAUCACCAGCACCAACAUUGGCAGCGGCACCGAUGCCAGCAUCGGCAUCAAUACCUACACCAGUGUCAAUACCAACACCAGUGUCAAUACCGACACCAGUGUCAUUACCGACACCAAUGUCAAUACCGACACCAGUAUCAAUACCAACACCAGUCUCAAUACCGACACCAGUAUCAAUACCAGCACCAAUAUCAAUAUCAGCAUCAACGCUAGCAGUGGAUCCAAUUGUAACGCCACCACAAAUCAACAUUUCCGCUACACCUCCGGAACGAGCUUAUGGUGGCAUCGCGUGUAACGUCGUGACACCGGUACCGUGUCAAAAUGCGACCAUAGAGCAUCCAAUGGCAUCGAUUCAAGUGGCAGAUGUGUGCUCAUCGAACGCGACGUCGAUAAGCGUGAUAACGCCAAAGCUAUCAUCGUCGGCGCCACCACCACCGCCACCACCACCGCCACCACCACCACCACCGCCACCGCCACCGCCACCACCACCGCCAUCAACACCUCCAUCGCCGCUACCAUCGCCGCCAUCAUCGGCUCUACCACCUCAUGCAAUGCCAACGAUACCUCGUGUCGCUGUGAGACCCAGUCCAAUCACACAUCUGAUUCAGGCGAAUCAUGGAGCCGCUUGGAAGAUUACUGAGCCGUUGUUCGGCGCGGAGCAACCAAUGAAUAACAGUGUGCGACCAUACUUCGAUUCGAAACAUGUAUCGGAGAACACUAGCAUGAUCAAGUCUAGCAUAUCAUCAUCUAAGAUACCACCUCUAUCGAAUCAUUAUGUUACGCAACGGAAUCUAGUUUUAAAUCAUAAGUCAAAUCACGAUGUAAAUAGCGUACAUAAGAGCUACACUAGCGGUACCGUGUUGAAUCCGAACUCGGUGAACACAUGCAUCAACAAUAACAGCCCAAUCGUCGUCUCUAAUUCCAACUCUAUGCAAAAUAAAAUUACGAUGCCGACGAAUAACAUGCCGACCAGUAGACCGAUGAACAGAGUGCUACCAAUGCAGGCGGUGACGCUUAAACAGGAUCCAGCAAAGAAAGAUGAUUUGGCGAUUGAAGAGCCGACGAAACCGGUGAUCAAGCCAGCCGAACCGGAAAUUGUAGAGUCAAAGAAGGAAAUCAUCGAGCAGAUCGUGCAAAUAAAAAAACCUGAAACCGCACUCAGCAAUAUCAGUGACAAUAUCAAAUUAAAUACAGAAACUAUAGAGAAGGUAAAGGAGAAUCUCAAACUGGAACUUGAUAAGGAGAAGCUACAAAACACAUCGUUGAAGAUAGUGUUGCAGAAACAGUUACAGGACGGUUCUUACAAGAUCACGCGCAAUAUGAAGGCGGUCACUCAGAGCAAAAAGACACCACAAGUAACAUCUGUGGAAAUAUUACCGUCAAAACAGGUGCCUCAGAUUGCGUCAUUACAACUGUUACCGAUUAAAACGUUUACGCUCAAAGCGAAUAAACUCGAGGACAAGGUGAAGCCUAUAGACGCGAAAGUGAACAUACUUAAGGCAAAAGCGCCGCCCGUAGCUGUCAAGAAACCCAGAAUAGUGACGAAAUCAAUCAGACCGCUGCGAAACAAUCCGCAGCAGAAUCCGCCGCAAAUGCACAAUUGCUCGAAAGGACCGAUCUUAAUGUAUGAGAUCAAGUCGCAAGAUGGCUUUACCCAUACUGCCUCGUCUAUGACCGAAGUUUGGGAGACGGUGUAUCAGGCGGUACAAAAUGCGCGCAAGGCUCACAACUUGUCUCCUCUGCCUCACAAUCCGUUGUCCGAGGGUCUCGGUUUGGAGAAUAAUGCGGCUAUCUACCUUAUCGAACAAUUGCCGGGCGUCAACAGAUGCAGCAAGUAUAAGCCCAAAUUCCAUACGUUGGAACCGCCAAAACCCGACGAGAUGGAAAAUGAGUUGCCGGCAGCGUGUGCCAACGGAGCGGCACGAGCAGAGCCUUUUAAAGGCAGGAAAGUACACGACAUGUUCAGCUGGUUGGCGUCGCAGCAUAGACCGCAUCCUAAUAUAAUUACAAUAUCGGAAACAGAGUCUAGGCGAGCCGUGAGUACCAAUUUGCCUAUGGCAAUGCGCUUUAGAAUACUUAAGGAAACAUCAAAAGCAUCUGUUGGUGUAUAUUAUUCCCAUAUACAUGGUAGAGGACUGUUUUGUUUGAGAGAUAUUGAGCCUGGUGAGAUGGUCAUUGAAUACGCCGGUGAAGUUAUUCGAUCUUCCUUGACCGACAAAAGAGAAAAGUAUUAUGACAGCAAGAAUAUAGGCUGUUAUAUGUUUAAAAUCGACGAUCAUCUAGUUGUUGAUGCUACUAUGAAGGGAAAUGCAGCUAGAUUUAUCAAUCAUUCGUGCGAGCCAAAUUGCUACUCGCGAGUGGUGGACAUACUAGGUAAGAAACACAUACUGAUUUUUGCUCUUCGUCGCAUCAUUCAAGGAGAGGAGUUGACAUAUGACUACAAAUUCCCAUUCGAGGAUAUUAAGAUCCCGUGUACUUGCGGUUCUCGCAAAUGUCGGAAAUACCUCAACUGAGACUGCGUAUAUACAGCUUAUCUUAAGCAGCCGACCGAAGACAAAGAAAUAAAAUAUGUGCUAUAAUUGCGCGCGCGCUUUCGAAUAGGAUUCGUUUUAUUGAAUGUUAUUCAUUUUACUCAUCAUCAAACUAUUUUCAGAGAUUGCAGCUUUUUAUUACUAUAAAAGAACAUAGAUUAUACAUUUUAAAGAUUAGAAGGCCAGACGUAAUACGCGAAGCACAGCGGUUACGAUGAUGUUACUUUAGACAGCUACGUUCCUGUAGUUGAUUUAACGGGGGGUAUAUUUACACAUAUACCUAUAGCAAUAAACCAUUCGAGUAUCUCCUGCUUUUGUAUCCGACAAAGUCGUGCGUUUUACUAACGCGCUUCAGACUUGUGAAAGUGUUAUUUUAUUCACGCCUGUGCUUUCUCGCACGACUUUUAGACUCUACGUAUUAUCUACUGUUGAGGCUUAAGUGUACAAGUUAUCUUACACUUUACACUAAAUGCGAGAGCUCCUUAUACGAGAGCGCAUAAUUCUUGCAUGAUAUGGAUCUCUCGAUGCUUUAAAUCGGAUUUGAAAAUAAACUCUUUCUUUAAACGAAAUCAUUUUGUAUCAUAAGGAUGAAAAUGGAAAAUGAUGCCGCAAGAGUACUACGAGAAACUAGCGGAUUUUCGACAAUGAUCGUAGCUUUCUGAAAGUCAUUUACAUUUCUUUCAAAUAUCACAAUAUAAAAAUAACGUAAACAUAGUGUACAAAAGAUCUUGUCAAGCGCGUGAAAAUGCGCAUAAAAUGCGCGAUAAUUGUAUAUUUAGAUGAUUUGUAAAUUUUAAAUUUAGUGUACAGUGUAUGACUAACUUCGUGACAUUUCAUGUCUGCUGUAGGGCCAGAUUUCAAAUGUUUUUGUAAAAUAUGUAAUUGUUAGACUAGAUAUAUCGUCUUUGAUGUAAGUACAGCAAAUCAGUUUUAACUUAAGUUAGGAAUGUAGGUAUUAAGGAGAGAGAUAGAGAAUGGCAAGUGAGAACAGUCUCCUAUAGCAGGAUAUUGUUCGAAGGUAUACCUACUUUGGCAGACAUUGAUACGAUUUUGUUUUAUUGUUCACGUGGCAUCAUUGACUAGAGGAUAUUUGCUUUCCAGAACUAUUUAUUCAAUGUAAAAAUGAAUGGCGCGAGUUCGAUAUUAUUUGCCCUCUCUUUUCCUUUUUGUAUAUUUUUUUAAAUAUCGCGUCUAUAUUUGUGCUUCCACCUUGCCAAGAUCAUAUUCAUCGAGUUUAUUAUCCGAAUUCUAUUGUCUGAAUUAUACGAGACACGACAUUUUGUUUGACGAGUAUUGAAUAGAAGCGUUUAACGGUUUUAAAUAAUCUUUUUAAAAGAAUUUUUUUAAUCGAAAAAUCGGUUUGUUCGUCGGUCAAAUCGACGAAGAUUUAUGCAUUGUUUGGGAUAAACGUCUCCGGAUACGUUUCUCCGGCGAACGUUUGUGAUAUUUUCCCAUAAUGGGAAAUAUAUUAGAGAUGCUUUUAUAGGAAUAUAUAUUUUACAUUUUUACGGAUACAUAUAUACCAUGUAUUCCGUACCAAUACCCUUCUGUGAAGUCCAGUUUUGCCUUACUUUUACAUGUACCUACGCUUUCACCCGGUGAUAGAUUUAGAUAUAUAUAUUUACGCAAAUGAUAUUUUAUAUUCGAAACUAACACAACCGCAACGGCGCAUGGCACGGCGCCCUCCGAUACAACUACAUCGUAUUUUAGCGCGAUUAAUCAAUUUCUGCCGAGGUGGUAGUCCCUUAAAUUUUGGUGCUCCAUGGACACCGUUAAGUGCACUUUUCAUGAAAAAAUGGCCUAGAGUAAGAGAUAGUAAGGUUGCAGUGCGGAAGUGUUUGAUAAUAAUAAGAAAUGCGUUAUACGAAGAAUAUUGAUCGUGAAUUAUUUAAAGAGAUAAUAUAAAGGGGUGAAAUGGUGGCACACACAUAGGAGCGCAUUAUUUGAGCACACGAAUAAUGUCAGACGUGCUGCGAUUUUAAUCGGCCUGGUUUGGUACAAAGCGCAUAUGCUGAGUUGUAAAAAGUUAUAAAAUCGCGGGAAAACGGAAACCUGUUCUGGUCACGUGAAAUUGCCAUCUUUUAGAUAUUUUGUGAAUCUUUUUUUUUUUUUUAAUAUUAUAAUUAUCGAUAAUUAAUGACUAUUAUAUUCGAGGAGAUGAAUAUUGUUAAUAUAAUGAUAAUUAAUUUUAAUCUGUACAUGAAAAGUAAUACGACUAGUAAGGAUGGUAACUUACUUGAAAAUAUAACAAUGUUAGAUAUUUUAUUGAUAUUUAUUGAUUAUAAACGAUAUGGUAUUAGGGUUGACGAAAAAGUACUAAUGUAAACUGAACGAUUUAGGACCGGUGCACAUAUAUGGUAGUCACAUUGAUUAACGCGGAUACAAGGAUCAAAUCCUUUUUUUUUUUUUUUUCCUAACAAACAAGCAAUCGUGUAUCUUUAAUUCGAUUAUAGUCUCCUGAUUGUUACGCUAGAAUAAUCGGUCAGAAUUCAUUUGGGCUUUACAAGGUGUAUUCUCUGUAGGCAUACAUACCAUGUAACUCGAUUUUUACAUUGCUCUAUAUUAUGAUUGUAAGCUGUAAGCUAUCCAUCAUUGUCCGAUUUUAUUUCUACGUUCGCGAAUAGAUUUAAAUUUUUCAGUACAGCGUUCCCUUUUCAUUAUUUGUAUCAUCGACGACUUCUGUAAUGUACCCACGCGAGUACUUCAGCAAAAAGUAUGGAACAGUUUAAACGUAUGCUUGUAGCGGAAGAUUAAAAGCGUAUGUGUGUGUGUGUGAGAGAGAGAAAGAGAGAGAGAUUUACUUGUCUGCUAAUAAUCCUUACCUGAUGGAGAUUCGGACGAAUAUCUAUCAGGUGCUUUCUGGAACAUACUCUGUGUCUUUUUAAACUACUCUUUAAACUGCGUAAAAAGGGUGUACGACCCUCCUUAGAGAGUAUUACGCAUACAGCCUUCACUAUGAUUAUGAUUAUUAUUAUUAUUAUUAUUAUCGCUAUUAAUUAUAAUCUAUACACACACAAAAAACGAGAAAGAGAAAGCAUAAUACAUCACUACUCAAGUCACUCGUAUUUGGGCAUAUUAAGCACCGUUUGUUUACUACACCCAUCAGCACCUUUCAAAAGUAACGCUGCGUGUAAAAAAAAUGACGAACAUCCGAAGAAACGGUACGAUGAAUAAACUGUUUAAGUAGUUUACCAAUAAUUAAAGGAAAAAAAAUGAUACUAAUGUAUAGAUGUAAUAGGUAGAUUGUUUCUCUCCGACUUUUACGCAUGUUUUACCUCUCGACAGACAGAUUCGCUUCGAAGUUCGAACGAUUCGAAUCCGAACGGACGUCGCAUUUCAGCGUUGCGUUUAAAAUUGCGAGUGAUUAAGUGAUUUCGCGGAAACGUGACGAGCACGCGGUGUGUAUUACCGUGUUCUCGCGACGCGACGGUUUCGGCGCAUCGUCACGCUAAUUGCGAUCUUUCACAAUCGGAAAUUUGGUCUCAUUGAGCCCUUUAGAUUUUUUUUUUUUUUUCUUGAGAAAAGGAUUAAGCUGAGAAUAUUAAAAUAUUACAAUUUAAGCAAUUAGAAGAGGAAACGGGAGAAAAAUUGAAAUAUAAAACGCUUCUUAAGACGUGUAUAAACCUACUAUUCUAACGUUUAAACAAAGUGUAGAAUUUUGAAAUAUUAUACUUGUUUAAAAGAAAAGUAAGAGGGAAGAUAAAUAACAAUUACUGACAAACUCGACGAUGGUAUGAAAGAGAAAAAGAAAAAUUGAAAAAAUUGUCUGUGAUUAUCAGUCAUAAUAAUCUUUAGGUCGACAUAUUUUUUAGAGAAUAUUUUUUAGGAAAUUACAAAAUUUAUGAUAUAUCCCUAUUAUUGAUAUGAUAUUGGAUCAGAUCAUGUGCUAUACGCAUAAUAAUAUUAAAAGUGAAAUUGAAAAAAAAAUGAAUGAUAAAGUGUAAAAGUUGCAAACUGUUUAAAUAGAGUUACAAAUAGUUGAGAUUCGAUGGCUGUUGUAAAAUAUUCAGUGUUUGGACAAAUAAUUAUUAAAAAACUAUUUAUAACUAAUAUC